GGCACAGGGAAGAAUGAGCCCCUUGAGGGCUGACCCUGUUUGGACAAGCUGCUCCUCAGCCCCAGCCUCACCACGUCUGACAUGGCCCACCUGGCACUGACAUCCCUGUGCCCUGCAGCAGAACCUUGUCCCUGAGCUCUGCAGCUCCAUGUCCCAGCCCAGUGCACCGUGUCCCACCUGCUCUCCUCAGGGCUCUGCCUGCACACAGGCCCAGGAGAAGUUUUCCUCUUGGGAAGGAAAGAAUGGAAAAGCCUGAGCAGGUUUCCUGAACAACAAACCCCACUCAGGAAGCACCUGCUCAGUACAGGCUGCCUGGAAUGGUGUCACCUUUCUACAAGGGACAGUGUGACCAGAAAUGAUCUCUGGAAGCAGAAUUCUCUGAGCCCUUCAGCUGAAUUCUCUGUCCCUGUCCUUUCCCUGGAUCUCUGUUGCAGAUGGAAGCUGCUGCUGCCAUUCUCACUUUAACCUCCCUUUUGAAUGCAAACAGAUGUUCCCAAGUGUGUUAAACAAGUGUUGCUCAAUGUUUAUGCAGAGCUUUUUGGUUCCUCAUGGAACCAAGCACACCCUUGUGACACAGCGGGGGCUCAUGGAACCAGUGGUCCAUUGUGACACUGCCAAUUCAAGAAAACCAUGGUGACACCAUGGAACCUCAUGGAACAAAGGAUCCAUGGUGACACAGCAGAGCCACAGUUGCAGCAGCAGCAGCGGCAGCAGCGGCUGCAGCAGAAAAAGAAGCGACUUUGUCGAGUCCCUCUUGCUCUUCCUCUCCUUCUUCCGCUGUCCCGCACCUUCUCCCGCUCUCCCUUUCCCGCUGUCCCCUCCUCUCCCAGUCUCCCUCUCCCCCUGCCGGGCCGGGCCAUGCCCCCGGCCCACCCCCGGCCCCGGGCGGGGCUGCCCCGUCCCUGUCCCUGUCCCUGUCCCUGUCCCUGUCCCUGUCCCUGUCCCCGGCCGUCCCGCCGCGGUCUCGCCCCCGCCCGGCUCUGGCCGUGCUGGCGCUGGCGCUGCUUGGCGGGCAUCAGUGCCUGGGGCUGGGGCGGCAUCGCCGCCCUUUGGCUCCGCCUGGCCCGAGCCCGGCCCCGGCCCCGACGUGGGCUCCAGUCCCGGCCCCGGCCCCGGCUCCUCCCGGGCCCCGCGGAGGACACAGGCGGCGCGGCCGCUGCCGCCGCCUCCGCUGCGGCUUCCCCGGCCCGAGCUCCGCCGCUCGGCAGCGCGGCCGCCGGCCCCGAGCCGCCGCUGUCCCGUUGCCAGCAGAGAACGCCUGGGGAUGGCCGGCCCGGGGCGCUCGGGGGGCGCUCGGGGGCCGCUCCUGGCCCCGGGCCGAGCGCUGACAGCCGCGUCCCGCCCGCAGGGAAGGCGCAGGAGGCCCUGCAGGAGCGGUACCGGCUGGGUUCGCUGCUGGGCAGCGGCGGCUUCGGCAGCGUCUUCGCGGCCACGCGGCUCUCGGACGGCGCCCCGGUGGCCAUCAAAAGGGUGCCGCGGGAUCGCAUCCGGCACUGGGGCGAGCUGCCCGACGGCACCAGAGCACCCCUGGAGAUCGUGCUGCUGGCCAAGGUGUCCACUGGCUUUCCUGGUGUCGUCCAGCUGCUGGAGUGGCUCGAGCUCCCCGACAGCUUCUUGCUGGUGCUGGAGCGCCCGGAGCGGUGCCAGGACCUGUCGGGUUUCCUGGCGGAGCGGAGGUUCCUGCCGGAGGAGGAGGCGCGGGGGCUGUUCCGCCAGGUGCUGGAGGCCGUGCGGCACUGCACCAGCUGCGGGGUCCUGCACAGGGACAUCAAGCCCCAGAACAUCCUGCUCGACCUGGCCACCGGGCAGCUGAAACUGAUCGACUUUGGCUGUGGCGCCUUCCUCCAAGACACAGCCUACACCCAGUUUGCAGGAACCCUGUCCUACAGCCCACCAGAGUGGAUCCACCACCGACGCUACCACGGCGAGGCAGCGACCAUCUGGUCCCUGGGCCUCCUGCUGUGCCACCUGGUCAUGGGCAAGCACCCGUUCAGGAGGGGCCAGGAGAUCAUCUGGGGGCGGAUCUUGUUCCCACGACGGCUCUCUCAAGAGUGCCAGGAUGUCAUUAAGAAGUGUUUGUCCAUGCAGCCCUUGGACAGGCCGUCCUUAGAAGAGCUUUUCCGUGAUCCUUGGGUGUGGGGUGUUCCUCUGCCCUAGAGGAUGGGAGAGAUCCACGUGCACAGUUGGAUCCAGGGGCCUGGCAGGUAACAGCUCCACACAUCUCUUGGCAAUCAGUGGCAAA